GAGAGAGUAGGGGGUUUGCAAAGCACGUCUUAGGUUGAUAGCCUUGGAUGUAUUGAAAGCAUUUUUUUUCUUAAAUUUUUCUUUUCUUUUUUUUUUUUUUUUUAACUGCCAAAUCGGCAGUCAGUUCUCUAAAGCUCUGGUUAGCGAGACUAUAGGGUUUUAUUCUGGCUGCAGAAUAACUGGCUGGUGUGGCUUUCCAAAGGGGGGCAAAAAGAAAAGAGAGAGAGAGGAGGGAGUACGUGAGUCGUCCAGUGCAAUCUCUAUUGUUUGAAAUUUACUCUUUAUCAGAAUUUGAAGAUGAAAACGGUUAAAGAAUGACCAUACUGAAGUGACCCAUCACUCUGAGCUUUGCUUAUGAAAAAUUUUAUCAUCAUUAUUCUCUUCAUUUUGGAUCGAGAAAAUGAAUCCAGACAUAGAAGAAAGUACAAGAUGUUGGGGAAAAGUACCUGUUAAACAGUGAAGCAUCUAAUAACUCAUUUGCAAGAGGAUUUAAGGAAUUAAAAUUGUUAUGCUUCGAUAUUGGUAUGAUAUUGACUCUCUAGCUCAUAGGUAGCCCUCCAAAAUAUCAUUCAGUUUUCCAAAUUAUGGAAAUUUCGUGGAAAACGUUGACUUGGAUUUUGAGCCUCAUCAUGGCUUCUUCGGAAUUUUAUAGUGACCACAGACUUUCAUACAGUUCUCAAGAGGAAUUCCUGACUUACCUUGAACACUACCAGCUAACUAUUCCAAUAAGAGUUGAUCAAAAUGGAGCUUUUCUCAGCUUUACUGUGAAAGAUGAUAAGCACUCAAGGAGAAGACGAAGUAUGGACCUUAUUGAGCCCCAGCAGGCGGUGUCUAAAUUAUUUUUUAAACUUUCAGCCUAUGGCAAGCACUUUCACCUAAACUUGACUCUCAAUACAGAUUUUGUGUCUAAACACUUUACAGUAGAAUACUGGGGGAAAGAUGGACCCCAGUGGAAACAUGAUUUCUUAGACAACUGUCACUACACGGGAUACUUGCACGAUCAACGCAGCACAACUAAAGUGGCUUUAAGCAACUGUGUUGGAUUGCAUGGUAUUAUUGCUACAGAAGAUGAAGAAUAUUUUAUUGAACCUCUAAAGAAUACCACAGAGGAUUCCAAACAUUUUAGUUAUGAAAAUGGCCAUCCUCAUGUUAUUUACAAAAAGUCUACACUCCAGCAACGACAUAUCUAUGAUCAUUCUCAUUGUGGGGUUUCAGAUCUCACCAGAAAUGGCAAGCCUUGGUGGCUGAAUAAGACGUCUUCUGCUUUUUCCUCUUUACUACCAAUUAACGACACACAUAUUCACGGCAGACAGAGAAGAUCUGUGAGCACUGAGAGAUUUGUGGAGACCCUGGUAGUGGCUGACAAAAUGAUGGUGGGCUACCAUGGCCGUAAAGACAUUGAACAUUAUAUUUUGAGUGUGAUGAAUAUUGUUGCCAAACUUUACCGUGACUCCAGUCUAGGAAACGUUGUGAAUAUUAUAGUGGCUCGCUUAAUUGUUCUCACAGAAGAUCAGCCAAACUUGGAGAUAAACCAUCAUGCAGACAAGUCCCUCGAUAGCUUCUGUAAGUGGCAGAAAUCCAUUCUCUCCCACCAAAGUGAUGGAAACACCAUUCCAGAAAAUGGGAUUGCCCACCACGAUAAUGCAGUUCUUAUUACUAGAUAUGAUAUCUGCACUUAUAAAAAUAAGCCCUGUGGAACAUUGGGCUUAGCCUCCGUGGCUGGAAUGUGUGAGCCCGAAAGGAGCUGCAGCAUUAAUGAAGACAUUGGCCUGGGUUCAGCUUUUACCAUUGCACAUGAGAUUGGUCACAAUUUUGGUAUGAACCAUGAUGGAAUUGGAAAUUCUUGUGGGACGAAAGGUCAUGAAGCAGCAAAACUUAUGGCAGCUCAUAUUACUGCAAACACCAACCCCUUUUCCUGGUCUGCCUGCAGCCGAGACUACAUCACCAGCUUUCUAGAUUCAGGCCGUGGUACUUGCCUUGAUAAUGAGCCUCCCAAGCGUGACUUUCUUUAUCCAGCUGUGGCCCCAGGUCAGGUGUAUGAUGCUGAUGAGCAAUGUCGUUUCCAGUAUGGAGCAACAUCCCGCCAAUGCAAAUACGGGGAAGUGUGUAGAGAGCUCUGGUGCCUUAGCAAAAGCAACCGCUGUGUCACCAACAGUAUUCCAGCCGCCGAAGGGACAUUGUGUCAGACUGGGAACAUUGAAAAGGGGUGGUGUUAUCAGGGAGACUGUGUUCCUUUUGGCACUUGGCCGCAGAGCGUAGAUGGGGGCUGGGGCUCCUGGUCGCUAUGGGGCGAGUGCAGCAGGACCUGCGGGGGAGGCGUCUCUUCAUCCCUAAGACACUGUGACAGUCCAGCACCUUCAGGAGGUGGAAAAUAUUGCCUUGGGGAAAGGAAACGAUAUCGCUCUUGCAACACAGAGCCAUGCCCUUUGGGUUCCCGAGAUUUUCGAGAAAAACAGUGUGCAGACUUUGACAAUAUGCCUUUCCGGGGAAAGCAUUAUAACUGGAAACCCUAUACUGGAGGUGGGGUAAAACCUUGUGCUUUAAACUGCCUGGCUGAAGGUUACAAUUUCUACACUGAGCGGGCCCCUGCAGUCAUAGAUGGAACCCAGUGCAAUGCCGACUCCCUGGAUAUCUGUAUCAAUGGAGAAUGCAAGCAUGUAGGUUGUGAUAAUAUUUUGGGAUCUGAUGCUAGGGAAGAUAGGUGCCGAGUCUGUGGUGGGGACGGAAGUACCUGUGAUGCCAUUGAAGGGUUCUUCAAUGACUCAUUGCCCAGAGGAGGUUAUAUGGAAGUGGUGCAGAUACCAAGAGGUUCUGUUCAUAUUGAAGUACGAGAAGUUUCCAUGUCAAAAAAUUACAUUGCUUUAAAAUCUGAAGGGGAUGAUUACUAUAUUAACGGUGCCUGGACUAUUGACUGGCCUAGGAAAUUCGAUGUUUCUGGGACAGCUUUCCACUACAAGAGACCAACAGAUGAACCAGAAUCCUUGGAAGCCCUAGGACCCACCUCUGAAAACCUCAUUGUAAUGGUUCUACUCCAAGAACAGAAUUUGGGAAUUAGGUACAAGUUCAACGUUCCCAUCGCUCGUCCUGGCAGUGGAGAUAAUGAAGUUGGCUUUCUGUGGCAUCAUCAGCCCUGGUCAGAAUGCUCAGCUACCUGUGCUGGAGGUGCCCAAAGACAAGAAGUGGUCUGUAAAAGACUGGAUGACAACUCCAUCGUCCAGAACAAUUUCUGUGACCCUGACAGUAAGCCACCUGAAAAUCAAAGAGCCUGCAACACUGAGCCAUGUCCACCUGAAUGGUUCAUUGGAGACUGGCUGGAGUGCAGCAAGACUUGUGAUGGUGGCAUGCGCACGAGGGCCGUGCUCUGCAUCAGGAGGGUCGGAGCAUCUGAGGAGGAGACGCUGGACUACAGGGAUUGCUUAACACACCGGCCUGUGGAGAAAGAGUCCUGCAACAACCAGUCAUGUCCACCUCAGUGGGUAGCUUUGGACUGGUCUGAAUGUACUCCGAAAUGUGGUCCAGGAUUCAAGCAUCGGAUUGUUCUGUGCAAGAGCAGUGACCUUUCUAAAACAUUCCCAGCUGCACAGUGUCCGGAGGAGAGCAAGCCUCCUGCUCGCAUCCGCUGCAGUCUGGGCCGCUGCCCUCCUCCCCGCUGGGUGACAGGAGACUGGGGCCAGUGCUCUGCUCAGUGUGGCCUUGGACAGCAAAUGCGAACUGUCCAGUGUCUCUCCUAUACUGGACAGGCAUCUGUUGACUGUGCGGAAACUGUGCGGCCUCCAUCCAUGCAGCAGUGUGAAAGCAAAUGUGAUAGUACUCCCAUCUCCAGUACUGAAGAGUGCAAAGAUGUGAACAAAGUGGCUUAUUGCCCACUGGUGCUGAAGUUCAAGUUCUGCAGUCGAGCAUACUUCAGACAGAUGUGCUGUAAGACCUGCCAAGGACAUUGACCCACGGAAAGCCAGCGAGUCCUGCCAUUUCAUCGUGGAAAUGCGUCCAUCAAAGGGAGCCACCCAGAGGAUGAGGAUUGAUGUCCUUACAGAAGCAUUACCCUGUGGAAAAUGUAACCACUGGUCAGCCCCAGCUGACAGGAUUUCAAUAUUAUUUUAACUUCUGUGAAGUGGGAUUUAUUGAUCCAAAGUGCUGGACACGGUAUUAGGAGGGAAUGCCAGAUUUGAGAGAUCCAAACAACGCAGGGAGACUCGCUUACUGUGGAACGUUUGUGUUCUUUCGAGUAAAUCUAAUAGCCUGUUUACCUCCUUGGA